GUGUAACUGCAUCUUUAAUAUGUUUAUUUGUAUACGUAUUCAAAAGCCUAUUAAAGCAUCAAAAAGACACUUCCUGUAUAGUUCAAGGACAGCAGACGAAUGCGAGUGCAAGUGUAGCCAGUGAAGGUUGGAAGAUGAACAACAAUCGCAAGCUGCUAAAUGUCUUACAAAAUGUGUAUCGCAGCUCUCUGAGACACAAGGCAACUCCUGCAGCAGGAGUGAAACCAUUUUUCUAUCAGGACAUUUUGCAGGCAGAAGGACCUCAUGAUACACCAUUUAAGAAGCUAACUGGAGAUUAUGUGUCCACAUUUGAAGUGAAAGGGAAAAAAUGUCUGAGUGUUGAGCCAGAAGCAUUGACAUUGAUAUCGGAACAGGCAAUGAUUGACGUUGCCCACUUAUUAAGACCAGCCCAUUUGCAGCAACUAUCAAACAUUCUUAAAGACCCAGAAGCUUCAGAGAAUGACCGCUAUGUUGCCCUUGAGUUCCUAAAAAAUGCCAAUGUUGCUGCUGCAAUGGUACUGCCUGGCUGUCAAGAUACUGGAACUGCUAUCAUUAUGGGUAAAAAGGGCCAGUAUGUUUGGACAGAUGGCAAUGAUGCGGAGGCUUUAUCAAAAGGUGUCUACAAUACAUAUACCAAGAAGAACUUAAGAUAUUCACAAGUGUCACCAGUUGAUAUGUACAAAGAGGUCAACACCGGUACCAAUCUGCCCGCACAGAUAGAAAUCUACUCCACGAACUCCAAUCAAUAUGACUUCCUGUUCAUAGCCAAGGGAGGUGGCUCAGCCAAUAAGACAUUCUUGUAUCAGCAAACAAAAGCUCUUCUUAAUCCAGAAAAACUCAUGAGCUUUGUCAAUGAAAAAAUUAAGACCCUGGGUACUGCAGCUUGUCCACCUUACCACUUGGCCAUCGUAAUUGGAGGAACCUCAGCAGAAUAUAAUCUAAAAACAGUUAAACUGGCCUCCACCAAAUACCUUGAUAACAUCUUUAAAUCAGGAAAUGAACAUGGUAGAGGAUUCCGUGACUUGGAAAUGGAGCAGAAAAUUCACCAGCUGACACAGAGGUUGGGGAUUGGUGCACAGUUUGGUGGUAAAUAUUUCUGUCACGAUGUCAGGGUGAUUCGAUUGCCUCGUCAUGGUGCUUCGUGUCCGGUCGGAAUAGGUGUGUCUUGUUCAGCUGACAGACAGGUGUUUGGGAAGAUAACUGAAGAGGGUGUAUUCUUGGAACAACUUGAGACAAACCCCUCCAAAUACAUGCCAGAGGUCCAGGAGAAAGACUUGACUACAGAAGUGGUUCAGGUUAACUUAAACGAUGGCAUGGAUAAGAUCCUUAAAUCUUUAGACAAAUAUCCCGUGAAGACAAGGCUAAGUUUGACAGGGACCCUCAUUGUGGCCCGAGACAUUGCCCAUGCCAAACUGCAGGAGCGCCUGAACUCAGAGGGGUCCCUGCCCCAGUACUUCAAAGACCACCCUGUCUACUAUGCUGGACCAGCAAAGACUCCUGAGGGACUUCCAUCCGGUUCUUUUGGCCCUACAACAGCUGGUCGAAUGGAUUCCUAUGUAGAUGAAUUCCAGAAGGCUGGAGGAAGCAUGGUGAUGUUGGCAAAAGGCAACAGAAGCAAACAGGUAACCAAGGCUUGUAAGAGCAAUGGUGGGUUUUACCUUGGUUCCAUUGGAGGACCAGCUGCAAUAUUAGCCCAGAACUGUAUCAAGAAAGUUGAGCAGCUCGAAUAUCCUGAAUUAGGAAUGGAGGCAGUUUGGAAAGUUGAAGUGGAGAAUUUCCCAGCAUUUAUUGUGGUGGACAAUAAAGGCAAUGAUUUUUUCAAGGAGUGGUCUGUGGAAUAGUGAUUGUGAUUGUUUAGAGAGGAAAUGUUCUCUGAUAGAAAUAAUUGCAUUUAAUUAUCAAUAAGCUAAUUAAUUUAUAUUUUACCCGAGCAGACACAUUGCAUGGAGGUCAAUGUGCACAACUUAAUCAUGUAUCUAUUUUUCAAGAAUUUUAAUUUUAAUAAAUGUUAUAUUAUUUGUG